AUGUCGAACGCUGCUCGCAAUUCCACCGCCCCCAACCCACGCCCGCUGCUUGAACCCUCUGGGAACCACUCAGGAGACCUACUCCAAGGUCCCAAUGAGUCCCAUGGUUCCUGGAACUCACCUGCCUCGACUUUGCCAUUGCCACCGACCGCCGCGCCGCCUGACGAUGCCGACAUGGCAGCCCACCCGUCCACUGGAGGAGAUUGGCCUCCGCCUGGUCCUCAGCGCCUUCGGGCUCGGGCCAGCGAGCCUACAUGUCUACCUGGACCGGUGGCUCCGUCGCGCACCACGCCGCUGCCGCCGUCGUUGCCUGUCGAGUUCGAAGAUGGAAACUUCGAUUUAUCUGUUUGCGAGCUCUGA